AGAGAAGCGAUCAUAGGUAGCAUUUAACAUUUUUCUAUAUUUUUUUUACAGGAUGUUCAGGGUUUUGCUGCUCCUGUUGGCCGUGGCUGGUCUCCAUGCAGGACCACUGCACCGAUUCCCAAAUGGUAAAUUAAAACAAAUUGGGCCACAAAUGGUCCAAGACGAACACAGGGAUAACUCAGUUCUGAAGCACAUGAACACUGAUGUGAAACCCAAGAAGCAAUUACCAUCUCCCGCUGAGUUCUGUGGGCAGGGAACAGAACCUUCCAGACGCUUCCUGAUGGACCUGAACACUGGGAUGCUAAAGCAUGGAGUUGGCGAAAUGAACAGAAGAGUUUCAGGAUUGGAUGAGUUCAGACAAGGCACUGAGAACCAGCUGCACACCCUGCAAGAGCUCAGAAUGCAUCCCAUGAUGAGAUCUCAGUACAGCGCUCAGAGUGAAAAACACGAGCAGAGAGCGAUCCCUGUCGAGGUGUACAGAAAAGGCACUGAAACUUCCAGAAAUAUCCUGAUGGACCUGAACACCGGUCUGCUCAAAGAACACAGGAACGAGAUGGACAGGAAAGUAGCGGGCUCAGCUAAAUGGGCAGUGGUUUCUGAGCAUGAGGACAUAAGAAGCCAAGACUCUUCUGAACAUAAGGAGAACCACAAAGCAGUUCCUGUUGAGAGCCGUAGGCAGGGAACAGAACCUUCCAGACGCAUCCUGAUAGACAUGAACACUGGGAUGCCCAAGGAGGAACUCAGCGAAAUGAACAGAAGAGUUUCUGGCUUCUACAAUCCAGCACCUAUUGAGAAGAGGCAGGGAACAGAACCUUCCAGGCGCUUCCUGAUGGACAUGGACACUGGGAUGCUCAAGCAUGAAGUUGGCGAAAUGAACAGAAGAGUUUCUGGCUUCUACAAUCCUCCAGCUUAUGAGAUGAGGAAGGGAACCCAGAAUUCUCACGCCACUCUGGUGGAUCCCAGAACUGGACAACUGCUGCCGAAACUAACAGAGCUGCAGAGGAACACAGUGCCAUUGGAUGAGUUCAGACAAGGCACUGAGUACCAGCCGUACAACCUACAGAAGCUCAGAUUGAGUGUGCUGCACAGAGAAGGCACUGAACCUUCCAGAAACCUCCUGAUGGAUCUGAACGCCGGUCUACUCAAAGAACACAGGAAUGAGAUGGACAGGAGAGUAGCGGGCUCUAAAUGGGCAGUGGUUUCUGAGCAUGAGGACAUAAGAAGCCAAGACUCUUCUGAACAUAAGGAGAACCACAAAGCAGUUCCUGUUGAGAGCCGUAGGCAGGGAACAGAACCUUCCAGACGCAUCCUGAUAGACAUGAACACUGGGAUGCCCAAGGAGGAACUCAGCGAAAUGAACAGAAGAGUUUCUGGCUUCUACAAUCCAGCACCUAUUGGGAAGAGGCAGGGAACAGAACCUUCCAGACGCUUCCUGAUGGACAUGGACACUGGGAUGCUCAAGCAUGAAGUUGGCGAAAUGAACAGAAGAGUUUCCGGCUUCUACAAUCCUCCAGCUUAUGAGAUGAGGAAGGGAACCCAGAAUUCUCACGCCACUCUGGUGGAUCCCAGAACUGGACAACUGCUGCCACCUCUAACAGAGCUGCAGAGGAACACAGUGCCAUUGGAUGAGUUCAGACAAGGCACUGAGUACCAGCCGUACAACCUACAGAAGCUCAGAUUGAGUGUGCUGCACAGAGAAGGCACCGAACCUUCCAGAAACCGCCUGAUGAGCGUGAAUGCCGGUCUACUCAAAGAAAAUCAAAAUAAGAUGGACUCUUCUGAACAUAAGGAGAACCACAAAGCAGUUCCUGUUGAGAGCCGUAGGCAGGGAACAGAACCUUCCAGACGCAUCCUGAUAGACAUGAACACUGGGAUGCCCAAGGAGGAACUCAGCGAAAUGAACAGAAGAGUUUCUGGCUUCUACAAUCCAGCACCUAUUGAGAAGAGGCAGGGAACAGAACCUUCCAGGCGCUUCCUGAUGGACAUGGACACUGGGAUGCUCAAGCAUGAAGUUGGCGAAAUGAACAGAAGAGUUUCUGGCUUCUACAAUCCUCCAGCUUAUGAGAUGAGGAAGGGAACCCAAAAUUCUCACGCCACUCUGGUGGAUCCCAGAACUGGACAACUGCUGCCGAAACUAACAGAGCUGCAGAGGAACACAGUGCCAUUGGAUGAGUUCAGACAAGGCACUGAGUACCAGCCGUACAACCUACAGAAGCUCAGAUUGAGUGUGCUGCACAGAGAAGGCACCGAACCUUCCAGAAACCGCCUGAUGAGCGUGAAUGCCGGUCUACUCAAAGAAAACCAAAAUAAGAUGGACUCUUCUGAACAUAAGGAGAACCACAAAGCAGUUCCUGUUGAGAGCCGUAGGCAGGGAACAGAACCUUCCAGGCGCUUCCUGAUGGACAUGGACACUGGGAUGCUCAAGCAGGAAGUUGGCGAAAUGAACAGAAGAGUUUCCGGCUUCUACAAUCCAGCACCUAUUGAGAAGAGGCAGGAACAGAACCUUCCAGGCGCUUCCUGA